CAAAAAUAAGAAUUUUAUGUAAUAACGUAAUUUAAAAUAUAAUAACACAAUGCCGCGCAAUCCUAAUGCCGAACGCGACAAUCCAUGUCUAAGGGAACAGGAAUUAUCAUUCAACUGCCUGAACAAAAACAAUUUCGAUCGAGAUAUUUGCGAAGUUUACUUUGCCAACUACAACAAUUGCAAAGAGUUUUGGAACAAAGUGCGAAGUGACCGCCGCGCCAAAGGAAUUGAGCCCUAUUUGCCACCGAUCGAGGAGCGUGCGGCAAUCAAAGCUGAUUACAUGAAAACCAAACCAAAAAGCAAAUAAUUGUGAUAUUUUUAUAAAUAGUUUGAUAAAAUCAUAUAUGUCUCGACAAAA